AUGGACGCCGGUGGAGCGGUUUAUCAACCGCCGAAGAUGUCAGAAUACCGCUCGGAUCUCUUGGCCAAUAUGAAUGUAUAUCCGUCCACUUCGACGAGUAUGAUGGCACCACGACCACGCCCCAUCCACGUUAGUACCAUGCUGGUGGCGCCUGUCAAAGGAAACACGCCGAAUAAAGUGAUUCAGAGCCAAAAAGUUGCAGUUACUCCACCUCAGCCAUCCCAACAUUUUGUGUUGAAAACGUCUCCACAAAGCGAGAAGAAGGUAAGAGCAACUUGAUUUUGGUUUUCUUAUCAUGUUUAGAUAUUGUAUAGCACAUCUUGAAAGCAAGGCUCGGAAUUAUGGCACUUUUGAUAUUGUUUUUGGUAUCUGUUACCUAAACUUUCCUAAAAUUCGUAGUUUGUUCGCCUAAACUUUCUAAUCCGUGUCGAAUAGGCUUAGUGUUGUCUGUUACAACAACUACAUCGCCUUUUAUACACAUGAAUUUACUUUAUUUCAGGUAAUUCAUACUUACUACCCAGUGGAUUAUAUAAAGCCAGACCCCGAUCAACAUUAUAUGCAGCCAAGUGCAAAAGAAAGAUUAGUUUUCAAAGUUCCCGAGCCAAAGAAACGAACACAAAAAGACGCCAACCUACCUCCGGGCGGAUCCAAACCUAAGAUUCCUAAAGAAGAAGAUUGUAUGUUAUGUCAAAAUGAUUAUUUUGUUGCUGAGUUUAGGUGUAAUAUGUUGGAAUAUGAUCAGAAGUUGGGUUUUAUUAGCCUUUAAAUUCAUAUUUUACAAUCGUAAAGGAUUUUUUGACAUCCGAUAUUAUCCAUGCCUGAACUCCAAAUUUUUAGUGGAAACCGACAAUCCUGAUCCGAACGCGCGACAAGACAGUUCUUUGCUCCGGUUGACCCGGAAAUUCCUUGAUCUCAGGCCUGAAUCUGAGCCAUGUGUCUUGAAUUUGAACGAAGCGGCCGAGAAGUUGGGCGUUCAGAAGAGACGGCUCUAUGAUAUCACGAAUGUCUUGGAGGGAAUUGAUAUGAUAGAGAAGAUGGGGAAGAACUCGAUCAGAUUCAAGUAGGAUAGAUUGCUGUCAAAAUUUGACUUCAAAUUUAUAUUAUACUACAUAAAGGUCGUUCAAUUUUUAGAUCACAAACUGACAUGUCGCACACACAAGACCUGCAUGACCUAAAGAAAGAGAUCGACGAUCUACAGAAGGAAGAGGACUAUCUCGACACGCUGAUGAGGUCGACUUUGAAUGCGAUGAAUCUAACUCGAGAAGACCCCACCGAAAUGCCUUAUCAGUACGUUUUUUCUUUUCGAUUAGUCUAUCUCAUUUUUAGAUACGUAACUUAUGAGGAUCUCCAUGCCUUGGGCGACUUGUCGGAGAGGAUGCUGGUAGCGGUAAAAUCGCCAUCCGGAUCAAGGUGUAUUCUACAGGUAUCGGACAAAGAAGGUCCUGGAAAUACGGUAUGAUCAAUUACAUUUCUACAGUAUUUGAUAUGGAUUGCUAGACUAUUUUGUAAAGGAAUAAUAUACGAAUAAUUUUAGGAGCAAGGAGAGCGCCAUAUCUUCGUGAGGUCCGAAAGUAAUGACCCUAUCCAAGUGUUUGUCUGCCCAACCGACACGGCGUCGGCCUCGGAAACCCCGAUGAUGCAUGAAUUUGUAAGUUGAUUUUGCUCAUUAUUUCAUCUUUUCGGUUUUUAGAAGACGCCAAGGCCGAUGAACUGCUCCGCCGACUCGGACAUCCCGCACGAUUUGAAAGGGGAUCUGGAGACGAUGGACUUCCCUGACAUGGAAUUGAACCGUCUAAUCAGGGACGCGAAACUGACUCCCAACUCUUUCAAGGCCUUCGCAUCGCCGUUGAAGAUGGUCGCGGAUGGCGGGCCCUCAAUGUCGCCAAUGACGUCAAGUCCGUAUAAUGGUCAGAUGGACUCCCGAGCCUUCAUCAACCUGGAACCGGUCCGAGAACCCGAGGCCUACUUGUACGGCAUGACCUCCGCUGACACGCUGCACUCAAUCUUCGAUGCUGGAUGGUAAAGCGCUUUGAUUUGUUGGGAUUUGGCCGGGAUCCGCGAUUUCGGCCGACUGUUUGGUAUUCAUCCCAAGUUUUCUAUGUUUUCUUGGUCUAUUUGGAGGGGAAGACGAGCGAAUUCGGGGAUUAUGGAACCCAUAGGAUCCGAUGGUAACUUAUGUUGCUGCAUUUCAAAUAUUUGAGAUCCAUGGGUUACUGUAAUUUCGAAUUUGCUCAAUUCUCUCAAAUGCUUGACCGGACGCUCCGAAAAUCCGGAAAUUUCUCAUACUCUCACGCUGUAGAAAGGGUUUCUAAUCGUAAUGUGAAAUUAUAACAAGGUCUUUUAUGUCCUCAAAUCAUCGAUUUCCCAUUGGGGACUUGAUGAUUCACUCAAAAAAUGGGGUUGUUAAUUGUUCAUGAUACUUAAUACUCGUUUGUUUUGUAACCGCAGAUAAUUCUAACGUUUAUUUUCAAAAACUUUUCUAACUUUUACUGUUUGUAAAAAAACUUUUUUUUGUGCUUUAUAUAGAACUCCUAGAUUGUAUCUUGGGGCCGAAUUUUGAAGGGAUUUUUUUGGAGAAAUUAGAGUUUUAAAAAUUUUUUUUUGGUUGCUGAUGUGAAUAUUGAUAUCGGAAGUUUCUAUGUGGCGAUUUUAUUUGUUACUACUCAAAAAAACAAUCAAAAUACCGACAAAAAUGCGGACUCCGGGUCCCACGACGAAAACAAGAAACAGAAAAUCUUCAAACUUUGACCUCAAACAAGUUUAUAACCAAGUGUCACUCAUGGUAAUCGCUGUUUUUCAUUGAGUUGUGCAUUGAAGUGUCUAAAAGGGCCGGCUUCCAUGGCCUCGACUUCUUCCAAAUAACGUCUCUCGGUGAUUUCCCUCUUUGUUCAUUCAUCAUUUUUUUGCAUCAAAAAUUGUUCCAAGGUUUUUAAUUUUGUGGUCUUGUAACAGCAUUCAUAUUUGUCAAAGUUUAAGGAGAUAAACUUCUGUUUUAAAAAGCUGGAUUCCGAUAUUGAACUAGGUGGAUUAACGUGGCUUGGAAUUUGCUAUUUGCUGCGGUAUCUCAGGCUUGAUAAGUUGUUGUUAGGAAGAAGAUCAUAAGGUUUCCUUGGGCUUCUUGGAGCACUGAAAUCGAAGCUACAUAAUGAUGGUAAUUGCGAGAUUUGGCAAACCAUGUUUUUUUAUCGUAUCCACUGCGUUUGACAUGGUAAAAACACGUUUCAUCGUAUAAUAUUUACGAAAUACGAACGGUGGAAGUCGGUGAAUUCAUCGAUCAGAAGAGAGAACUACUCGAUUUUUAAGGUAAAUAUGUGUUGUGUGCUUGCUUAUCACCCUCCAUCCUCUUGCACUGUCUUCAUUUUUCUGUUCCUCUGUUUAUUAACGCCGUUUUUGGCAAUCACGCUUGGUUUCUCUGAGAUCGUAUCUGCUAAAUUCUAAGAAAAUAUGUGUGUUGUCCCUCUAGCAAGUCCCGGGUACUUUUCAAUUCGGACAAAGUUCAUUUUGAGCAGGCCGAAUGUAUUGCUUGCAAUCUACUUAUUCAGCUGUCAAACGGCCAGCCAAAAGGGUUGUAUUGGUCUAAAAAUCUCAUAAAUCACUAGCAAAAGGAUUUAAUUGGUAGCCGCUACAGAAAAACUACCAAUCCAAUCCUUUUCAUAAAAGUUUAUGAGAUUUUUGGACCUGUACAACCCUUUGGCUAGUCGUUUUGACGGUUGAAUAAGUCGAUUGCAAGCGAUACAUUCGAUCUGCCCAAAAUGAACUCUACCCGAAUUGAAUAGUUGCCGGGAAUUGGAGGAGCAACGCAUUCAUGUUGUCUUAGAAUUUAGUGUUCAAAACGCUUGCCUUUUUGUAUUUUAGUUGUUCCUGCACUUGUUUGUAAACUGUGUUUCGGCGUUUCUCUUCGGUAAUACAAACCUUUGUUUCAGUGGGUUCCGUCGAAGUCUUCAACAAGUCCGUAGAAUCCAUAAGAACGCCGCACGAAGAAAGAUUACUGCUGUAACUCGAGUCAAAGUCGUUGGAACAAAAUCUCCGAAAAAAUUGCAAUUCAAUGGAAGAAAAAGCCAAAGAUAG